CAUGUUCUACCAAAUCCCUCAACUCGUCUCCUUCUCACUGUCCAAACAACUACACUUACCAUCUAGCACGCGCAUCUAUCAUUGAGACCACCAAGACUCACCUCCAUACCAUACCCGCUCCCUACGUGCAAGUCUGAAGAUGACCGCCUGACUCCAACGCUCUUUUAAAGUAAUCCGCACCCCUCCCUUGCAUCCGUUGAACGCGCCUUUAAACAAGCCGUGAUCCAGUCGAGGUCACAGCGAGGCGCAAUCAGCAGCGUCGGAGGCGAACCCAAUUCUUGGUACCACAUGAGCCAAAAUCUCUGGCGCUAUCUUCUCGAAGAUGAUGUCGAUACAUUUCGACAACACCUGGCGAACGCCACCAUCGCUGCCGGUGCGCCGAGGGCGUCUGCUGCUGGACAAGGAGGAUAUACCACACUGAAGGUUGGCAGUCCAGGUAGUCUGGCGAUUUCGCCCAAGACACCUCUGAAAUUGCGAAAGAGUUCUGGAUACAUUCCCUCCAGCGCAGGUGCUGGCAAGGCCGGUGGUGUAAUUGUGACUCGAGCGGAACUGAAUGCGAAAGACAACUUCGGCAGGACACUGCUGCACCAUGCCGCAUCUUUACAGACCGAUCAUGCCCUUCCGUUCGUAAAGACACUGCUGGACUUGCCAUUCAUCGAUCUCUACGCCCAGGACACGGAAUCGGGAUGGACUGCAUUACACCGGGCCCUGUAUUUUGGCAAUAUUUCUGCGGCCCAGGCCCUGAUGGUGCGUGACAUUCAGGAUGCAACUGACUACACUACCACCACCGCCCGUACGCAUGCUGGCGGUCUGGUCAAGAUCAAGGACCAUGAGGGCAAUAGCCCCUUCGAGGUCUUUGGCCUAACCAUUGCACCUCGCCAACUUCAAGAAGAUCCCUCGUCCCUUCCAGCUGGCAUCGACGACAAUGAGAGUGUCAUCAGCAUGGACUACGAUGACGCUCAAGAUCAUGAGCGACACAGACCUCAUGUCCAUCCUCAGGUCAAUCUCGAUGGAGAUGAAGUCUACGCUUUUGGCAGCAAUAAGAAUCUUUCCUUAGGUGUCGGAGAUGGUGACGAUCGACAGUUCCCUGAGCGACUGCAGUUUUCAAGGCCUGCACACUUACUUCAGCGUUUGCUUGAGGAUCACCAGACGACAAGGCAAAAGACUGUUACUGAUGACGACCUGACAGGUAGCAUCGGACACUUUGGUUCCCUAGACGAUCUGCCUGCUAUAAUCCGUUACAAGCCCAUCGCCAUUCAGAAUAUGUCCAUGGCUAAAUUGCACACCGCCGUUCUGACCACUGACCCAAUCUCAAACCUCUACAUAUGCGGAUUCGGGGCAGGGGGUCGUUUGGGCACAGGCGACGAAAACACCUCGUUCACCUACAAGUGCAUCCAGGCUGGGGGCCUGUCCAAGAGACAUGUCUCCGCCAUAGCUCUUGGGCAGGACCACACUGUGGCUGUGUGCUCCCAAGGUGAAGUCUACACCUGGGGGAGCAACCGGUAUGGCCAAUUAGGAUAUUCUCUCCCAGAAGUUCCUAAAAACGAAAUACCAAUGCAGUUGACACCGCGACAGUUGUACGGCUAUAUCAAGAAAGAACUUGUGAUUGGUGCCGCUGCAUCAGCAAUUCAUUCGGCCGUUUUCACAUCGACAGCACUCUAUACAUUUGGCAAAAAUGAAGGCCAGUUGGGUUUGAUGGAUGCGGAUGCACGCUCACUGGAGCUGCAAGACCUUCCUCGCCGAGUUGGUGUUUCAAUACUACAAUCCCCGAUCCAAUCUGUCAGCGCAAUAGACCGUGCUACUAUUGUUUUGCUGACUACGCACGACGUGGUUGUCUUUACACAUUAUGGCUGGACAAGAGUAUCUUUCCCUCUUGAAAGCUUCAGCAACUAUUACCUCCAGGAAAGGACCGCCACAAGACUCAACAUGGAGACAAAUUAUAUCAAGCAGAUAACUGGAGGUGGCAACACGAUUUGUGCCAUGUCUUCUUUUGGUGAAGUUUAUUCAAUUGAUGUGCCAAGGGUAUCAGAGAAUGUCCCGUCUAAUACCUCAACGACGAAUCCGACAAAGGCUCGUAACGCGUUGGCUCCCCCAACACGACUGUGGUCCAUUCGAAAAUCCCACAUGUCGGCUAUCGAUGUAGCCGUUGGCCAGGACGGCUCCAUUGUCUUGUGUACCGCUUCUGGUUCAGUUUGGCGGAAGGAGAAGCGAGCAAACAUAAAGUCCGUUCGAGAAAAGCAUACGGGACUCGCGAGAACAAAAGAUUACAAAUUUGUUCGCGUUCCCAACUUGACACGAGCAAUUGCUGUAAGGAGUAAUGCUUUCGGAGCCUUUAUGGCAAUGCGGAAAGACUGUUCGGUCACACGUGAGCAGAUUGUACCGCAGCCUCCAUCUUUGUGGGAUGAUAUGCUUCCACUGUUGGCAUUCGCCCAAUAUGGGGGAUCACAGGGUGACUCUGCGUAUGCUACUUCACUCCGAUCGGCUUUGAUCACUCAACCGGGCGCCGAACAAGAAGUCUUGAGUAUUUGCGAACGCUACGACCCGUUGCCAGACAAUCAAUUCGACCUCUGGAUAACAUCCAAUACGACGGAUGUGCGCAUUCCCACUCAUGGGUUCAUUCUCAAAGCACGCAGCCGAGUCAUGUGUAGUGCGUUGACAGAAUUUCAGGAGACUUAUUAUUAUACCAUCCCUGAUGUUCUAUCAAUCGAGUACGGUGCUGAUGGACAAAUUCAACUCACCCUUCAAGGUGCUGACUUCUUGACGGUCGCCAAUCUCGUGAUGUAUCUCUACACCGAGAACAUCGCCGAUGUUUGGCACUAUACGUCUAAAGCGUUGCAAUCGGCAGCGCGCUAUCGCUCAGUUCGACUCGAGUUGAUGAAGAUCGCAACUCAUCUCGAGCUCCGACAGCUUGAGCAAGCCGUUAGAGUCAUGACUGAUCCUGCACGGACUCUGAACAACGACAUGGAACGGGCUGUUCUUGACGCCGAUUUUUUCUCCGACGCAGACCUGCUUGUCGAGCUCGCGGAUGAAGUAACCCUGCCAGCACACAGCGUACUCUUGUGCACCCGAUGUCCCUUCUUCAAUGGCCUGUUCAACGGGCGAGCCAGGGGAAUGUGGAUGGCUUCACGACGUCAUGCUGCAGCAGAAGAGUCAGAGGCGGUGAAAGUUGAUCUGAAGCACAUGAGUGAAAGAGUUUUCAGCAUGGUCCUUCGCCAUCUCUACGCAGAUACUGGUGAGGAACUGUUCGAUGACGUUGUUACGGACACCCUGGAAGAAUUCAUCGAUAUAAUCAUCGAGGUCAUGUUUGCUGCCAACGAAUUGAUGAUCGACCGCCUUGCCCAAAUAUGUCAACAAGUCCUUGGCAAAUUUGUCAAUGUGAGGAACGUUUGCACAUUGUUGAAUACCGUCUCUGAAUGUACAGUCGAUGCCUUUAAACAUGCAGCGCUCGAGUACAUCUGCCUCAACCUUGAAAGCAUGCUUGAGAUGAGACUUCUAGACGAGCUGGAUGAAGAUCUCUUGGCUGAGCUUGAUGAUGUCGUGCAAGCAAAUCAACUGGCUUUCCUGCCAUUUGCACGAAGUGAGCGAGCAGAUGAAGAACUUCUUGAAACGCAUCCAGAGCUUCUGGAGAAGAUCGAAAUCUGUCGACAGCGCAGAAUCGAUUCGAUGAGACUGAGGUCAAGAUUGAGCGAAGAUGAAGAACGCCAUGCUUCGGCUACCAAGUUCAGGGUUGGGAGCCUAGACAGGCAGAUAUCAUCCUCCUACCAGAAGUCGCCCCUGCCAAAUCCAGGAAAUGAAUCUCCUCUCAGCACUCCGAGUCCUAGUCCGGCUAUUGUUCCAAAUGAUGCUGGCGAUGAUCUACCCUUCGAUAUGGAUGAUGUCACGCCAGACUUAUUGCCAGCAGCAUUUCAGCAGGAGAUAGGGUCGCAAACCAGGUCACCGCCGAUACAACAAUAUAUUUCUGUAAGACACAAGUCCGAAACUGUUGGCCCUCGAUCAUCUACAACUCCUCAACCUCCUCGAGCUGAGAUUACAAACUCAAAUCGAGUUCAGUCAGAAGAUGUCUUGCCCAUGGUCAGCCCGCAUGUAGCUGUCACGGGUUUUGACACUCCGAGAACGGCCUGGAAUUUGCCGACGCAAAAUUCUCCCCACAGCGGUCUGAAGGAUAUCAUGGCACAAGCCUCGGCUUCGCGUGUGUCGACCCUUACGCAGGCCGUGCGUGCAGGUUCGACAGGUCCAAGGGGUGGUGCGAAGAUGUCUCAGAAAGAACGUAAACGGCAACAACAGAUGAUCAAGGAUGAAGAAGCAAAGACGUCACAUUCGACUGCAGCUCUAAAGGAUCCAAAAGCAAAGGCACCCUCCCCAUGGCAGACACUAGCCCAGCCGUCGAAGCCUGCCGCUCCAGCCGGUUCAGCCAUCACGGAUGGUGUUGUAGGCAACGAGCGAAAGAUCCCUGCAAGACCAGCAAUGACCAUGCGACAGACUGUUGCAGGCAGUGUUCCAGCCAGCAAUGCAGAUGAUCAGACCGCGAAAAGUGGUGCAGGACCACCGCAGCUCGCCUCUUCCCCGAAGUCCGUGGCGCCGCAGAUCCAGUCCAUUCGCCACACCCCAUUGCCUUCUCGAGUCAAUUCGGCAAUCGAUGCUCGGACUUCCAUGACAGAGAUCCUGGCACAGCAACAAUUCGAGAAGACAGCGGUCAAGGAGGCCGUAGCCAAGAGAUCACUGCAAGACAUCCAGCAAGAGCAAGAGUUUCAACAAUGGUGGGACAAUGAGAGCCGGCGGGUACAAGAAGAGGCUCAAAGUCAUGUAGCAGCUGGUCAUCGCGGCAAAAGUGGUCGCGGACGAGGCGGACAACGUCGCGGCAGUGGGAAGGGAAGGGCGUCGGCAGGCCCAGAAGCAGGUGGCCGGGAGAAGACCGUUUCAGCAGCCUCUUCAACGGUGCGCGGAGAUUUUGGUUCAGGACGAGGCAGUGGCCGAGGCACGGGACCUGGAAACACCCAGCGGCGAGGAGCAAGGCAUCAACCAUCCAGACACAGUACGACGUAAUCUUGGUACGGUAGACAUUUGUACAUUCCAUAGAAUAUGUAUUUGUAUUACGGUAAUAUUGAAUAGAUUUACUCAGCGACUCGACGAAAC